AUGACGUGUGAAAAUGCUCUAUUCUGCAAACCAUCAGACAUGAAAGACAAGAAUUUCCAAAUGAGUAUUAAGGAUAAAUGUGAUAGGAAACAUAGAAGAAUAGACGGUAAACAAACAUGGUGUUAUGUUUUGAAAGAAGAAAUGAAAGGAUUAUAUAAACAGGUUGAACCAAACGAUAAUGAGGAUUCAUUUACUGACGAUGAAAUACCUGUAAAUGAAGCUUUAUAA